AGAGGCAGAGGCCGGAGAGGUUUGUCGUACAGGAACCCACAUGCACGCUUUCUGGGCGAGGGCAGCAAGAAAUUUCAGGGUGUCAGCAAGACGACAUCUGGGCAAGGAGGCUGAGGGGGAGGGAUCAGCUCUGCCCACAGGAGGCAACUCAAGUACAAAAAGAGUCCCCAGCCCAGCUGCGAGGUUCAAAACCUGCCUGCUGACGAGACCGUGCGCUCAGAGAAGGAAGUGGGGAGCGGCGAUAUGUCUGAGCUGCAGCAGUUGAUGCAGAACACCAUCCCCUGCGCGAGGGGAACCCUGAAGGACAACUACAGCAACCUUCUCAAAGUGGCAGAUUACUGCGAGAGCAACUAUGAGGAGGCAAAGGACAAGCGGAAAGCCCUAGAGGAAACCAUGGCUUUUGCAACCCAGUCAUUAGCCAGCGUGGCUUACCAAAUCAGCAACCUGGCUAGCGACAUCCUCAAAGUGAUAGACUUGCAGCUGGCUGAAGUCCGGCAGGUGGAAGCUAAAGUCUGCUCCAUCACACAGGUGGUGGAGAUGCACACGGAGAAAGUGUCCCGCCAAGAGAUUGGGGCCCUUUCUGUUCCCAAGAGAUUUCCGCACCAACAGAAAAUCAUCUCCCCAAGCCACGUGGAGCCCCUGGAGGCGUAUUACAGGAAACCGCUGAACUUCAACAGUUUGGACGAUAUUGGGCACGGGAUGAAGGAUCAUGGCACACAGCUGGCCAAAACAGGGACUCUCUGCCGGCGAGGAAAUGUGACAUCAUCAGGGCAGUCAUCUGGGAGCCUUAGGAGAAGUCAACGGAUUCCAGAGCCAAUACGGCCACCAGUUGUCCCAGAUGGAAAACCCUCCUCAUCUGCUUCAUCUUUGUCAUCACUGAGCCCCACAGAAACUAUGGAGAAGACUGGUAUGAUCGCACCUACUGAACCACCUCCACCGCCUGCGCUCUCGCCUUUUCCUCCACCGGCAGAGGCAAGUGAUGUUCUUCCUCCUCCUCUUCCAGAAGAUCUAUUGCCGCCGCCGCCACCUUUUGCAGUCAGCGAUGUCACCCCAGACCUUGAUUUUCCAAUGACCCCUCCACUGCUGGACGCCUCUACUUUGGAGCAGCUGGUGCCUCCGCUCCUUCCCCCUCCGCCACCCCCGGAGAAAUUGCCAUGGGCCCCCGACACCUAUCUGGAAAAAGUGGUGACCCUCUACCCUUAUACUCGGCAGCAGGAACAAGAACUCUCGUUCGCAGAGGGGGCUGUUAUAUACGUGACACGAAGAUACUCGGAUGGCUGGUGUGAGGGGGUGACAAGUGACGCAAAGGGAUUGUUCCCAGGGAACUAUGCGGAGCCUUUGCCAUGAAGGAAGCUGAACGGACGCUGGAGAUUUUUAUUUUU